AUGUCGUUCCGGCUCUCCGGCGGCUCCAGGCGCAUCUGCGCCCAGGCUGGGUCUGCCCGGCUGCCCAGGGCGGGCUCCGGCUUCGGGGCUGGGAGCACCUGCGCGGCCCCGGGAGCGGCGGAGAGCAGCUUCGCGUGCACGCUGGCGGGUAUUUCUGCAGCAGGAAGCGCCUGCCAAGGUGGUGGGGGGUCUGGCGGCAGCAGCUGCGGUGGUUUCCUUGGAAACGAGCAGGGUCUCCCGUCCGGCAACGAGAAGGUGACCAUGCAGAACCUCAACGACCGCCUGGCCUCCUACCUGGCCCACGUGCGCGCCCUGGAGGAGGCCAACGCCGAGCUGGAGCGCAAGAUCGCGGGCUGGUACGACAGGUGCGGGCCGGAGCGCUUCCCGGGACUCGGGCACGACUACAGCAGAUACUUCGCAGCCAUUGAGGAUCUGAAAACACAGAUUAUCUCUGUGACCGCCUCUAACGCCAGCAUUGUUCUCCAAAGCGACAACGCCAGGCUGACUGCUGAUGACUUCAAGCUGAAGUACGAAAACGAGCUGGGUCUGCACCAGAUCAUGGAGGCGGACACCAGCAACCUUCGGGGAGUGCUGGAGGAGCUGACGCGCUGCGCCGCGGACCUGGAGAUACAGCGUGAGAACCUCGCCGAGGAGCUGAGCUGCCUGCGGAAGAACCACGAGGAGGAAACCAGAGCCCUGCAGGGCGCAUCGGGGGGCAACGUGAACGUGGAGAUGAACGCCGCCCCGGGCGUCGACCUCGCCGUGCUGCUGAACAACAUGCGCGCGGAGUACGAGGACCUGGCCGAGCAGAACCGCAGGGACGCCGAGGCCUGCUUUCACGAGAAGAGUGCUUCUCUGCAGCAACAGAUUUCGGACGACGCAGGUGCAGCCAUGGCAGCCCGGAGCCAGCUGACGGAACAGAAGCGCAGCCUGCAGACCCUGGAAAUAGAGCUCCAGUCCCUGCUGGCUAUGAAACAGUCCUAUGAACACACGCUGGCUGAGACGGAAGGAAAUUACUGCGUUCAACUCCAGCAAAUCCAGGACCAGAUCGCAACGAGAGAGGAGCAGCUGCAGCAGAUUCGAACAGAAAUGGAAGCCCAGAAGCUGGAGUAUGAACAGCUCCUUGAUAUCAAAAUGAUUUUGGAAAAGGAAAUUGAAACAUACUGCAGCUUACUAGAUGGAGAAGAAGGCAGGAGCAACUCCACAUGUUGCAAAUCAAAAGGACCCAAGCCGGCCAACUCUGGAAAUCAAGUCAAAGACUUAACGGAAGAAACAUUUGUCAAAGCGAUGGUGGACGAGCUGGACCAGCUGGGCAGUGUCCUCUCCCUCAGGGUCCACUCCGUGGAAGAAAGAUCCUCUAAAAUAAGCAACAUCACCAUGGAGCAGCGGGUACCUCCUAAAGCCCCCUAG